AUGAAUACUUCCCCUGCUAUGAACUUCCGCGCCUUUGUGGACUAUCUUCGCGACAAGGGGGAGUUGGUCGAUGUUGAGCGCCCAGUCGACCCAAAUUUGGAGGCUGCGGCUAUUAUUCGACACGCGCUCGAGAUCAGAGCCAAGGCGCCGCUUUUUCAUAAUGUAAUUGGGGCAAAAGAUGGAUUCUUCCGCAUCAUGGGAGGCAUGGGUUGCUUGGGGACAACCGAGCACUCCAAAUUUGGUCGCGUUGCCGCCCAUCUUGGCCUUCCUAUGACAGCUGGAGCCCACGACAUCAUGGCAAAAAUGUUAUCUGCCAAGACGCUACCUCCGAUCCCCCCUACAGUUGUUCCAACAGGUCCUUGCAAGGAAAACAAAUUGCAUGGGGAUCAAAUCGAUCUGAACAAUAUUCCAGCGCCCAUGACACACGACGGCGAUGGUGGCAAAUACAUCCAGACGUACGGAUUUCAUGUCGUGCAGAGCCCGGAUGGGAAAUGGACCAGUUGGUCUCUGCAACGCGCUCAUGUUUACGACUCGAAGCACCUCAUUGGUCUAGCCGUUGCAGGAGGCGGCGAGCACAACGGCUCUAUUUUUGAACAGUGGAAAGCUCUGGGCAAAGACAUGCCGUGGGCGUUGGUGCUGGGCGCUCCGCCCGCAGCACUCAUGGCCAGUUCAAUGCCGCUGCCCGAAAAUGUGUCGGAAGGCGAAUACAUCGGAGCUGUCAUGGGGGAGCCCAUUGAUGUAGUCAAAUGUGAGACGAAUGGACUCCUGGUGCCUGCGACGGCGGAAAUUGUCUUUGAAGGUGUUGUGUCAGCAACCGAAAAAGACGUCGAAGGACCUUACGGCGAAAUGCACGGCUACCUCUACCCAGGCGACAAAAUACCCGACAUGCCACUCUUUCGCGUCGAUUGCAUCACCCACCGCGAUAAUGCCAUCUUGCCUGUGUGCGCAGCAGGAAAAGCUGUGGAUGAGACGCAUGCUAUUCUCGGGCCUCUAAUUGCAUCCGAGAUUCUCGAUCAGACGCAGAAGGCAGGGCUGCCUGUCAAGGCUGCUUGGUGUCCCUUUGAGAGCCACACAGUUUGGGCAGUUGUGCAGAUUGACAAUGCCAAACUCCAAUCAAGCCCACGCGAAUCGAAAGAGUUGUGUGAUCAACUUUCGGACAUUAUUUUCCAGCUGAAGCCCGGAUGGUUCAUCCAUCGCGUCUUCGUUGUGGGCGAUGACAUUGACGUCCUGGAUUUCAACAAUGUGAUGUGGGCGUACGCGACAAGGUGCCGGCCAGGGCUUGAUGAGUACCUGUACGAGGACUGUACUGCAUUCCCUCUGGUGCCGAUGAUAGGACACGGAACUGGCCCAAUCUGGACCGGCGGAAAAAUGAUAUCUGAUUGUCUUCUUCCUAUCGAAUACAAGGGAGAACGGGACUUCAAGAUUGCUAGCUUCAACGGUCAGUUUGCAUUUUCCCCUUACCAUAACCCUUCAGCUCUCCGUCAUUGUGACCACGGCUCUGUCUCUAGCGUCUCUCUGCCUAAGAAAUGCCCCGCCAUCUCAUUAUCGAUAUACAAGAACGAGCGCCGCAAAAGCGCACACAUCAUGUCCCCCGGAUCGACAAGCGAAGAGCAGCAACAUGCCCACGUCACCAUCGCCGCGGACGCCGAGUCGCGCGAUACCGACACAGCACCGGAAGGCAGCAGCAGCGCCGGUCUGACAAAUGCCAACGGCUGGGACGGCAAGCUGCGCAUACCCAAGUCGGCCAUCCUGACUAACCCGGAGGCCGUUUCGGACCCUGAGUAUUCAGAUGACGACAACGUGCUGCCCGGCGAGGAGAUUGCCGCCGACGAAGACUUACUCGCCAACGAGGAUCCCGAUACGGAGCAAAUCAAUUAUACCCAUUCGCGCAUCGGCUCCAUGGAGCGCCUGCGCCUCGACCGCUUCCAGAAGGUCGUGCAAAUCUGUCUCCGGCAAAACAACAUCCAGCACAUCGAGGGCCUCGACGCACUCGGCGAGACCCUCGAGGACCUCGACCUCUACGACAACCUGAUAUCGCACAUCCGCGGCCUCGACCGCCUCACCAAGCUGACCAACCUCGACCUCAGCUUCAACAAGAUCAAGCACAUCAAGCACGUCAACCACCUCACCAACCUGCGGACGCUCUACUUCGUCGCCAACAAGAUCAAAGAGAUUGAGAACCUCGACGGCCUCGACCAGGUCACCUCGCUCGAGCUCGGGUCCAACCGCAUCCGCGAGAUCAAGAACCUCGACACGCUGACAGGCAUCGAGGAGCUCUGGCUCGCCAAGAACAAGAUCACCGAGCUCAAGAACCUCGGCGGGCUGCCGCGCCUGCGCCUCCUCAGCAUCCAGUCGAACCGCAUCAGCGACCUGCGCCCGCUGCGCGAGGUGCCGCAGCUCGAGGAGCUCUACAUCUCGCACAACAUGCUCGACUCCCUCGAGGGCCUCGAGGCCAACGUCAACCUCACCACCGUCGACGUCUCCCACAACAAGAUCGACAGCCUAAAGGGGCUCGGGCCGCUGAAGCGGCUCGAGGAGGUCUGGGCCAGCUAUAACCUGAUCAUGGACUUUGCCGACGUCGAGCGCGAGCUCAAGGACAAGGAGGCCCUCACGACGGUGUACUUUGAGGGAAACCCCCUGCAGCUCCGCGCGCCGGCGCUGUACCGGAACAAGGUUCGGCUGGCGCUGCCGCAGCUCAAGCAGAUUGAUGCGACGUACCUCAGGGUAUGA